AUGCAAGAGAUUGGGGUGGAGGAGGUAGCCCGUGAGCUGCUAUCUGCUCGCGGCACCGCCCACGGGUGGUGGCAGCAGGCUGACAAGAUGAUGAGAUUUAACGGCCACGCUACCUCCAAGACGAUGGAGGGGCAGGGACAUAAGGAACUGUCCCCCUGCUAUCAUCAUCUUCAUGAAGGACAAGCGGCGCCGCGGACGGUGGGACGCUGCCCGAUUGGCAAACACGUCGAAGCACGCAGGACGGAUGACGGCAGCACAUACAAUUCGCACGGACGGUGGGAAGCUGCCCGAUUGGCAAACACGUCGAAGCACGCAGGACGGAUGGCGGCAGCACUUACAAUUCGCACGGACGUUCCACUGCGUCCAAACAGUACAGCAACGUGCCAGCCACUGGAUGUUGGGGUCAUGGGGCCGCUAAAAGCGAAAAUGCGGACUAAUUGGUCUGGUAUAACGGGCGGUACGGCUUCACAAAAGCGAAUGUACGCUUCAAGAUACAUAAUAGAAGAUACAGACGUAAAACGGGCUGCCAAGUAG